AUGAAUCUGUUCGGGGGCAGCACGGUGAAGCAGUCGCUGGUGAACGCGUGCGGCGUGGUGUUCAACGUGGUGACGACGCAGAAGCUGCAGGGAUAUGCGGUGUUUGGCAGCCCCGACUUGCAUGAUUCGUGGUUUCCGGAUUAUGCGUGGGAGAUCUUGAUUUGUAGGAGGUGUCAUGAGCAUUUGGGCUGGCGGUUUUCGACGACGAAGUCGAUUGUUCCGGCCAUGUUUUUUGGAUUGGUGGAAUCUUCCAUUCGAUAUGAGUGCGUGUGUUUGUUGCAAACAGGGGAGAAGAGAGAAGCGAUUGAAACGAGGCAGGAGAACAGAAUGUACAGAAUAAGCGGAGUGAACAACCCCCAGAGUUUCCAUAAAGCGAUUGUGAGUCUGCAUGAUAGACAACCCUUGGUGCUUACGUAA